AAGACAGUGUUUAAAAAGUUUGUGAAUGAUAUUUUUUAUUUGUGGAUAUCGGGGAUUAUUUCAAAUUAAUAAGAAUUUUUUGUAUGUUUGAAUUCAUUGAUUUAUUUGAAUUUUUUUUCGUAUUAAAUACUUCUUGUCACUCGACUUUUUGUAAGCAAGAUAAAAGGUUUACAAUUUAUAUUUUGAAUAUAUUCAUUUCAGAUUUCUUCACUGCUUGAUUGGAUAAUAGUUUACUGUAAGCAAUGAGUAGACGACAGACACCAAGUGAAUUUUUGAAGCAAAUUAUUGGACGACCAGUUGUUGUCAAGUUAAAUUCAGGUGUAGAUUACAGAGGUGUUUUAGCUUGUUUAGAUGGAUAUAUGAAUAUUGCUCUGGAACAAACUGAAGAGUAUGUUAAUGGUCAACUUAAAAACAAAUAUGGAGAUGCCUUUAUUCGUGGAAAUAAUGUUUUGUACAUCAGCACUCAGAAGCGAAGGAUAUAGAAUCAAGGCUUCACUGAUAAUUAUGUAAACUUCAUAAUGUAUUUACUUCAUCAUUAAACAAAAUUCUUGUUU